GCAUAUCAUCUCACCCCUUCACCAUCUCCGGGCGUCUUCUCCGAAGCCACCAAACCAGAAGGGCCGGCCGGGGCUAUUUGUUAAGGCAUCAAUCAGCUAAGCUCCAAGCGAGGAGUCAUGGCUCUACUGACAUGGGAUCAAUCUCUCGGGGUAUCGAAUCCUUUGACCAGCAUUACAACGUUUGCUGCUGCCACUGCUUUUGCAUUCACGGCUAAGUUGGAACCAACACUAGGAACUGCUAAAACUAAUAUCCCCAAUCUCCCAAGAGCUAAUCGCCAACGUCAGACAUCCAAGAUUUGGAACCAGUCUAAGAUACUCACAAAAUCAAAGCCAUUUGAAUGUAAAAGUUUGCACCUCUCAACAAAGCACCAUUCCUUUGUGGCAAUAAGGUCUAUCAGACAAUUCGAUCGACCACAUUCCUCCAGUUUUCUGUGUGCAGCCGCAUCUGGCUCAACACAAACUCUGCCGCGUGUAGAAAACCCCAAAACAUCAAAUACUGCGCCUCAAAUUGAUAAGAGGAACCCGUCCACGCCAAGACUUGAUGACAGCGGGCCUAAUCUUCCACCAUGGCAUCGUGGAGGCGGGGGAGGGGGCGGGGGUGGAGGAAACACAUCCGGUGGAUUCUUUUUAUUUGGUUUUCUUCUUCUUCUAUCGCAUCUGAAAGACGAGGAGGAGAAACUAAUAGAGAGGAAGAAAGCCAAAAACAUUCAAAAGGGAGGCUUAUUAGGUACAACUCAAUGACGGAAUAAAUAUUUGGGGGGACGAAUUUGCCCUUAUAUACAUAUAUCUCCCCUACCCUUAAAAAAGGAUAUAUGUCCCAAAACAAGGUUCCUAUAUAUGUGUGCUAUUAUAUAUUAGCUCAGAAUUAGUCUACCAAUAGACCCAAUAGGUAUUAGAAGAGAGGUAGGAACAAGAACUCCAAUGUGUAUUGCAUCAUUUCAUUAGUGCAAAACAUUUGGAAGGAUGUGUUUUGUUCACUAAAUAAUAACAGUGCCAAGUUUUGCCGUUUUGGUAUCUAUAAUGGCUAUACAUUAUGGGGGUA